AUCAUAACGUAAACAAAACACACUCUUGCAUAGUUGCAUUGCAUAGAACCUAAAGUAGUAAAAUGUGCGCAGCACUUUGUUCUUCUUCUUCUUUAAUACUUCUUGUAUAUCAAUGAGAGAGCAACAACAACCAGCACAGUACUUCUGGUCAUGACCAUCUCAGCCACAUUUUCCAAGGCCUUGGAACUCAAGCAAGCUCUCUUUCAAAGCUUCAACUCCAUCAAACACCUUAAGCACAUUCACGCCCACAUUCUCCGCUUCGAUCUCCACCAAGACACCUACCUCCUCAACAUUCUCAUACGUCAAGCCUUACAUUUCGGUGACACCCAUUACACCUGCCUUGUCUUCCACCAAACCACACAACCCAACAUUUUUCUCUACAACACUUUGAUCCGAGGCUUGGUUUCCAACGACUGUUAUCACGAAACAAUUCAGUACUAUGGUUUAAUGCGUAGCGAGGGGUUCUUGCCCAAUAGUUUUACUUUCCCUUUUGUUCUAAAGGCUUGCGCGAGGCUUUUGGAUGUUCAGCUUGGGGUGAAGAUUCAUACCCUUGUGGUGAAAUCCGGUUUUGACUACGAUGUUUAUGUUAAAACCAGUUUGCUUUGCUUGUAUGCGAGUUGCGGAUAUUUGGGUCAUGCCCAUAAGGUGUUUGAUGAUAUUCCUGAGAAGAAUGUUGUUUCUUGGACUGCAAUCAUUAGUGGGUAUACUGGUGUCGGUCAAUAUAGAGAAGCGAUUGAUAUGUUUGGGAUGUUGGUGGAGAUGGGUUUGAGACCUGAUAGUUUUACUAUUGUUCGGGUGUUGUUUGCGUGUACUCAGCUCGGGGACUUGAGAAGUGGGGAGUGGAUAGAUGAUUACAUGACGGAGAUUGGGAUGGGGAGGAAUGUGUUUGUGGCUACUUCAUUGGUGGACAUGUAUGCUAAGUGUGGAAACAUAGAGAAAGCACGAUGUGUCUUUGAUGGGAUUAGUGAGAAGGAUAUUGUUACUUGGAGUACCAUGAUUCAAACUUAUGCUUUGAAUGGGUUCCCUAAAGAAGCUCUGGACCUUUUCUUUCAGAUGCAAAGGGAAAAUUUGAAACCUGAUUGUUAUGCAAUGGUUGGAGUUCUUUCUGCUUGCGCUAGGUUAGGAGCAUUAGACAUAGGGGAUUGGGCUAGUGGGUUGAUGGAUAGAAGUGAGUUUUUGUCUAACCCUGUUCUUGGUACAGCAUUGAUUGAUAUGUAUGCAAAAUGUGGGAGCAUGGCUCAAGCCUGGGAAGUCUUCAGAGGGAUGAAGGAAAAAGAUCAAGUUGUAUGGAAUGCCAUCAUAUCUGGGCUAGCAAUGAAUGGACAUGUCAAAUCUGCGUUUGGGCUUUUUGGCCAAAUCGAAAAAACUGGCAUUCAACCUGAUGGGAACACUUUCAUGGGCCUUCUUUGUGGGUGUACCCAUGCUGGUCUAGUUGAUGAUGGCCGUCAAUAUUUCAAUAGCAUGAACCGCAUCUUUUCCUUGACUCCUACAAUUGAACAUUAUGGAUGUAUGGUGGAUCUUCUUGGUCGUGCAGGUUUAUUAGAUGAAGCUCAUCAGUUGAUAAAAAGUAUGCCAGUGGAGGCCAAUUCUAUUGUUUGGGGAGCUUUGUUAAAUGGAUGUAGGCUACAUCGAGACACUGGAUUGGCAGAAUACGUAUUGAAGAAGCUCAUUGAGUUAGAACCAUGGAACUCAGGAAAUUAUGUUCUCUUAUCAAAUAUUUAUUCAACAAGCCAUAGAUGGGAUGAAGCGGCAAAGCUUAGGUCAAUUUUGAAUGAGAAACGAAUGAAAAAGAUACCAGGGUGUAGUUGGAUUGAAGUAGAUGGGGUUGUUCAUGAAUUUCUUGUGGGAGAUAAGUCUCACCCCUUAUCAGAAAAGAUAUAUGCAAAACUUGACGAAUUUGCUAAUGAAUUGAAAGCAGCAGGCUACGUUCCAAGUACAGAUUUCGUUCUGUUUGACAUCGAAGAGGAGGAAAAGGAACAUUUCCUUGGUUGUCAUAGUGAGAAGCUGGCUAUUGCAUUUGGCCUAAUCAGUACUUCUCCGAAAGAUGUGAUUCGAGUUGUUAAAAACCUUCGUGUCUGUGGUGAUUGUCAUGAGGCCAUAAAGCUGAUUUCAAAGAUUACAGGAAGAGAGAUAAUUGUUCGGGAUAAUAAUCGAUUUCAUAGUUUCAUUGAUGGUUCAUGUUCAUGUAGAGAUUAUUGGUGAGACCAGAUAUAAAACCAAGGCUAGGACGAGUACUAAGUAACCUGACCUCCUUGAAUUUUCUCAAAGAUUUGUAUUUUUUUUUUUGUUACAUUCACUAACGAGAGGGAAAACUUCUCAUUAUUUUGAUUUUUCAAAAGAAAGUCACAUAGAUAAUACAAUUUUGAAUGUUGUACCCUGGCGGCAGUCUGUUACUCUAA